GUCUUCUCUCUCAACCACCAUCACCCAUGCAUAAAUAUUCACCCUCUGUUGCCCAACAUCUUGCCAGUCCCAUUGAUCCCUCUAUCUGUUACUAACAAUGGGGAAUGCAGCAUCUUGUGCUCCUUUAAUCAUCUCAAAUGGAGCAACAAAGGUGUUAUUCUCCAAUGGCACUAUUCACAUCUACACAAAACCAGUUAAGGCGGCGGAUCUGAUGCUGGACAAUCCGGGGCACUUCGUCUGCGAUUCUAGCACCCUAAAGGUGGGGUACAGAAUCCAUGGACUGACGGCGGAGGAAGACCUGGAGCGGCGGCAACUCUACUUUCUUCUUCCCAUGGAACUGCUGUACUCGGUGCUGACUCACGAGGAGAUGAGUUCUCUCAAUUAUAAGGCAAAAAAGGCGCUGAAAUAUGCCAGCUUUAACAACUUGGGCAAGAUCUUUCCGGUCUGUUUGUUUCCAUCAGAAGCCAAGACGUCGGGAAAAAUGGCCAGAAGUACACCGGUAGAUUCGGUGGAGAGGUAUGUAAAGCAGAGAUCAUGGAAGCCUGCAUUGGAGACCAUCGUUGAAAUUCCGAGUAGGCAAUGACUAAUUUUCCAUUUUCUUAACACCUUUUACUUUGUUUGAGAUUGUUAAUUAGUUUUUUUUUUUUUUUUCCAUUUUUGUAAAGAUUGUUAAUUAGUUGUAGGACAGAAAUUGGAGAGAUGGUUUGGCUUGACAGUACUCUUUUCAUAUUUUUUUUACAGAGCACUUUUAUUUCAAAAUGUAAAUUAAUAAUUUUUAAUUAAUUUU